AGGAAUUGAAUUCCCUACAACAAAUUUAUAUGAACUGGAAAGCCGUGUUUUGACUGAUCAUUGGUCUAUCCCUUACAAGCGAGAAGAAUCAUUAGGCAAAUGCCUGUUGGCUUCUACGUACCUAGCAAGACUUGGUCUUUCUGAGUCUGAUGAGAAUUGUAAAAGAUUUAUGGAUAGGUGUAUGCCUGAAGCAUUUAAAAAGCUCCUGACAUCAAGUGCUGUUCACAAGUGGGGUACUGAAAUUCACGAAGGAAUCUACAACAUGUUGAUGCUCUUAAUAGAACUGGUUGCAGAGAGAAUAAAACAAGAUCCAAUUCCCAUUGGUCUUCUGGGUGUGCUUACAAUGGCUUUUAAUCCUGAUAAUGAAUACCAUUUUAAAAACAGAAUGAAAGUGUCUCAGAGGAAUUGGGCAGAAGUAUUUGGAGAGGGAAAUAUGUUUGCUGUUUCACCUGUAUCUACUUUCCAAAAGGAGCCUCAUGGAUGGGUUGUGGAUUUGGUAAACAAGUUUGGAGAAUUAGGUGGAUUUGCAGCAAUUCAAGCAAAGCUCCAUUCAGAAGAUAUAGAACUUGGGGCUGUCUCAGCAUUGGUGCAACCCUUAGGAGUGUGUGCAGAAUACCUGAAUUCCUCAGUGGUACAGCCCAUGCUAGACCCAGUCAUUCUUACUACAAUCCAGGAUGUGCGGAGCGUGGAAGAGAAGGACCUCAAAGACAAGAGAUUGGUGAGCAUCCCCGAGCUCCUGUCUGCCAUUAAGUUACUCUGCAUGCGCUUCCAACCAGAUCUGGUGACAGUUGUGGAUGACCUGCGGCUAGACAUCCUACUGCGCAUGCUCAAAUCACCCCAUUUCAGUGCUAAGAUGAAUUCCCUCAAGGAAGUAACCAAACUAAUAGAAGAUAGCACUUUAUCCAAAUCUGUGAAGAAUGCUAUAGAUACAGAUAGACUAUUAGAUUGGCUUGUUGAAAACUCAGUUCUGUCAAUUGCACUGGAAGGCAACAUAGACCAAGCACAAUACUGUGAUCGUAUAAAGGGAAUUAUUGAACUCUUGGGCAGUAAAUUGUCUUUAGAUGAGCUCACUAAAAUUUGGAAGAUACAGUCAGGACAAUCAUCUACCGUGAUAGAGAACAUUCACACUAUUAUUGCUGCAGCAGCUGUGAAAUUCAAUUCAGAUCAGCUUAAUCAUUUGUUUGUUCUCAUUCAGAAGAGCUGGGAGACUGAGAGCGAUAGAGUAAGACAGAAGCUGUUGAGCCUGAUUGGAAGAAUAGGCCGGGAAGCUCGCUUUGAGGCCACUUCUGGAAAGGUGUUAGAUGUCCUCUGGGAACUGGCUCACCUUCCAACCCUGCCCAGCAGCCUUAUUCAGCAAGCCUUGGAGGAGCACCUGACAAUCCUUAGUGAUGCAUAUGCAGUGAAAGAAGCAAUCAAGAGGAGCUACAUCAUUAAGUGCAUAGAAGAUAUUAAAAGGCCUGGAGAAUGGUCAGGUUUGGAAAAAAACAAGAAGGAUGGAUUCAAGUCAUCUCAGCUUAAUAAUCCCCAGUUUGUAUGGGUGGUACCAGCUUUGCGUCAGCUCCAUGAAAUCACUCGCUCAUUCAUAAAACAAACCUAUCAAAAGCAGGACAAGAGCAUUAUUCAAGACUUAAAGAAAAAUUUUGAAAUCGUGAAACUGGUAACGGGAAGCUUGAUAGCUUGUCAUCGGCUUGCAGCAGCUGUGGCUGGACCUGGAGGCUUAACUGGCUCGACACUUGUGGAUGGCCGGUACACUUACCGGGAGUAUUUAGAGGCACAUCUAAAAUUUCUGGCAUUUUUCUUGCAAGAAGCUACUCUGUAUCUGGGUUGGAAUCGUGCCAAGGAAAUCUGGGAGUGUCUUGUGACUGGCCAGGAUGUUUGUGAAUUAGAUAGAGAGAUGUGUUUUGAAUGGUUUACAAAAGGGCAGCAUGAUCUUGAGAGUGAUGUCCAGCAGCAGCUCUUCAAGGAGAAGAUUCUUAAAUUGGAGUCGUAUGAAAUCACUAUGAAUGGUUUUAACUUAUUUAAGACUUUUUUUGAAAAUGUGAAUCUCUGUGAUCAUCGAUUAAAAAGACAAGGGGCUCAGUUGUAUGUAGAAAAGCUGGAAUUGAUAGGAAUGGAUUUCAUUUGGAAAAUAGCCAUGGAAUCACCUGAUGAAGAAAUUGCUAAUGAAGCAAUUCAGUUAAUCAUAAACUAUAGUUAUAUUAAUCUAAAUCCUAGGUUAAAGAAGGAUUCAGUAUCUUUGCAUAAGAAAUUCAUUGCUGAUUGCUAUACAAGAUUAGAAGCAGCCAGUUCAGCACUUGGUGGCCCCACUCUAACACAUGCUGUGACUAGAGCAACAAAAAUGCUUACAGCAACUGCCAUGCCAACUGUAGCAACCUCAGUUCAGUCUCCAUAUAGAUCCACGAAACUUGUGAUAAUUGAGAGAUUGCUGCUUCUGGCAGAACGCUAUGUGAUCACUAUUGAGGAUUUUUACUCUGUUCCACGAACUAUUCUACCUCAUGGAGCCUCAUUUCAUGGACAUCUUUUAACUCUUAAUGUUACCUAUGAGUCUACCAAAGAUACCUUUACUGUCGAGGCUCACAGUAAUGAAACCAUAGGGAGUGUCCGGUGGAAGAUAGCCAAGCAGUUGUGCUCUCCUGUGGAUAAUAUACAAAUAUUUACAAAUGAUAGCCUGCUGACAGUGAAUAAAGAUCAAAAGCUACUCCACCAACUGGGCUUUUCUGAUGAGCAAGUCCUUACAGUAAAGACUUCUGGCAGUGGGACCCCAUCUGGGAGCUCAGCAGAUUCCUCAACCAGCUCCAGCAGCAGCAGCAGUGGGGUUUUUAGUUCUUCAUAUGCCAUGGAGCAGGAGAAGUCCCUCCCUGGAGUUGUUAUGGCUCUUGUAUGUAACGUGUUUGACAUGCUUUACCAGCUCGCCAAUCUCGAGGAGCCAAGGAUAACUCUGCGAGUCCGAAAGCUUCUGCUCUUGAUACCCACCGAUCCAGCCAUUCAGGAAGCCCUUGAUCAACUUGAUUCUUUAGGAAGAAAGAAAACAUUGCUGUCUGAAUCGAGUUCUCAGUCUUCCAAGUCUCCAUCCCUGUCCUCAAAGCAGCAGCAUCAGCCAAGCGCCAGCUCCAUUUUAGAAAGUCUGUUUCGCUCUUUCGCUCCCGGAAUGUCCACCUUCAGAGUGCUUUACAACUUAGAAGUUCUAAGUUCCAAACUCAUGCCAACAGCUGAUGAUGAUAUGGCAAGGAACUGUGCCAAAUCCUUCUGUGAGAACUUCCUCAAAGCAGGAGGUUUGAGUUUGGUUGUGAAUGUCAUGCAGAGGGAUUCCAUCCCAACAGAAGUAGACUAUGAAACAAGACAGGGUGUAUAUUCCAUCUGUCUGCAACUUGCAAGAUUUUUACUUGUUGGACAAACAAUGCCCACAUCAUUAGAUGAAGACCUCACUAAAGAUGGCAUAGAAGCACUUUCUUCUCGCCCAUUCCGGAAUGUCAGCCGGCAGACAAGCAGACAGAUGUCCUUAUGUGGUACCCCAGAAAAGUCUUCCUACCGACAGUUAUCAGUGUCUGACAGGUCUUCUAUUAGGGUUGAGGAAAUCAUCCCUGCUGCUCGAGUUGCAAUACAAACAAUGGAAGUAAGUGAUUUCACUUCUACUGUGGCUUGUUUCAUGAGAUUGUCAUGGGCUGCAGCUGCAGGACGACUUGACCUUGUUGGGAGUAGCCAACCAAUUAAAGAAAGCAAUUCUCUGUUUCCUGCUGGAAUUCGAAACAGACUCAGUAGUUCAGGAAGCAAUUGCAGCUCAGGAAGUGAAGGAGAACCAGUAGCUCUGCAUGCGGGAAUCUGUGUUCGACAACAGUCUGUAUCCACCAAAGACUCCCUGAUUGCUGGAGAGGCUUUGUCUCUUCUUGUUACGUGCCUACAGCUUCGGAGCCAGCAACUGGCAUCUUUCUACAAUUUGCCUUGUGUGGCUGAUUUUAUCAUCGAUAUUCUGCUGGGAUCACCAAGUGCUGAGAUUCGCCGGGUUGCCUGUGAUCAACUGUACACUCUUAGUCAGACAGACACUUCAGCUCAUCCAGAUGUACAGAAGCCAAAUCAGUUUCUUCUAGGUGUCAUUCUCACAGCUCAGUUGCCUCUCUGGUCCCCCACUAGUAUUAUGAGAGGAGUCAAUCAGAGGCUGUUAUCUCAGUGUAUGGAGUAUUUUGAUUUGAGAUGCCAAUUAUUAGAUGAUCUGACAACUUCAGAAAUGGAACAGUUAAGAAUCAGCCCAGCUACCAUGCUUGAAGAUGAGAUUACCUGGCUAGAUAACUUUGAACCUAAUCGCACAGCUGAAUGUGAGACCAGUGAAGCGGACAACAUCUUAUUGGCAGGGCACUUACGCCUCAUUAAGACCCUUCUUUCACUCUGUGGGGCAGAAAAGGAAAUGCUUGGUUCAUCACUCAUUAAACCGUUGUUAGAUGACUUCCUUUUCCGAGCUUCUAGAAUUAUUUUAAAUAGUCAUUCUCCAGCUGGCAGUGCCGCCAUCAGUCAACAGGACUUUCAUCCAAAAUGUAGUACAGCAAAUAGCCGAUUGGCAGCCUAUGAAGUCCUUGUAAUGUUGGCUGAUAGUUCACCUUCAAAUCUUCAAAUUAUUAUAAAAGAACUGCUUUCUAUGCAUCAUCAGCCUGACCCUGCUCUUACCAAGGAGUUUGAUUACCUUCCUCCAGUGGAUAGCAGGUCCAGUUCAGGGUUUGUGGGGCUAAGGAAUGGUGGUGCGACUUGUUACAUGAAUGCAGUCUUCCAGCAGCUGUAUAUGCAACCUGGGCUCCCUGAGUCAUUACUCUCAGUGGAUGAUGACACGGACAAUCCAGACGAUAGCGUGUUUUAUCAAGUGCAGUCUCUCUUUGGGCAUUUGAUGGAAAGCAAGCUGCAGUAUUACGUACCUGAGAAUUUUUGGAAGAUUUUCAAGAUGUGGAAUAAAGAACUUUAUGUCAGAGAGCAGCAGGAUGCAUAUGAAUUCUUUACUAGUCUCAUUGAUCAGAUGGAUGAAUAUCUCAAGAAAAUGGGGAGAGACCAAAUUUUUAAGAAUACUUUUCAGGGCAUCUAUUCUGAUCAGAAGAUCUGUAAAGACUGUCCUCACAGAUAUGAGCGUGAGGAAGCUUUCAUGGCUCUCAAUCUAGGAGUCACUUCUUGUCAGAGUUUGGAAAUUUCUUUGGACCAGUUUGUUAGAGGAGAAGUUCUAGAGGGAAGUAAUGCGUACUACUGUGAAAAGUGUAAAGAAAAGAGAAUAACCGUGAAAAGAACCUGUAUUAAGUCUUUACCUAGUGUCUUGGUAAUUCAUCUGAUGAGAUUUGGAUUUGACUGGGAGAGCGGACGCUCCAUUAAAUAUGAUGAACAAAUAAGGUUUCCCUGGAUGCUGAAUAUGGAGCCUUACACAGUUUCAGGAAUGGCUCGCCAGGACUCAUCUUCUGAAGUUGGGGAGAACGGGAGAAAUAUGGAUCAAGGAGGCGGAGGAUCCCCACGAAAAAAAGUUGCCCUCACAGAAAACUAUGAACUUGUCGGUGUCAUCGUCCACAGUGGGCAGGCACACGCAGGCCACUACUACUCCUUCAUCAAGGACAGGCGGGGAUGUGGAAAAGGAAAGUGGUAUAAGUUUAAUGACACAGUUAUAGAAGAAUUUGACCUAAAUGAUGAGACCCUGGAGUAUGAAUGCUUUGGAGGAGAAUAUAGACCAAAAGUUUAUGAUCAAACAAACCCAUACACUGAUGUACGCCGAAGAUACUGGAAUGCCUAUAUGCUCUUUUACCAAAGGGUGUCUGAUCAAAACUCCCCAGUAUUACCAAAGAAAAGUCGAGUCAGCGUUGUACGGCAAGAAGCUGAGGAUCUCUCUCUGUCAGCUCCAUCUUCACCAGAAAUUUCACCUCAGUCGUCUCCUCGGCCCCAUAGACCCAACAAUGACCGGCUCUCUAUUCUAACUAAGUUGGUUAAAAAAGGCGAGAAGAAAGGACUAUUUGUGGAGAAAAUGCCUGUUCGAAUAUACCAGAUGGUGAGAGAUGAGAACCUCAAGUUUAUGAAGAAUAGAGAUGUGUACAGUAGUGAUUAUUUCAGUUUUGUUUUGUCUUUAGCUUCGUUGAAUGCUACUAAAUUAAAGCAUCCUUAUUAUCCUUGCAUGGCAAAGGUGAGCUUACAGCUUGCUAUUCAAUUCCUUUUUCAAACUUAUCUACGGACAAAGAAAAAACUCAGGGUUGAUACUGAAGAAUGGAUUGCUACUAUUGAAGCAUUACUUUCAAAAAGUUUUGAUGCUUGUCAGUGGCUAGUUGAAUAUUUUAUUAGUUCUGAAGGACGAGAAUUAAUAAAAAUUUUCUUGUUGGAAUGCAAUGUGAGAGAAGUACGAGUUGCUGUGGCCACCAUUCUGGAGAAAACUCUAGACAGUGCCUUGUUUUAUCAGGAUAAGUUAAAAAGCCUUCAUCAGUUACUGGAAGUACUACUUGCUCUGUUGGAUAAAGAUGUCCCAGAAAAUUGUAAAAACUGUGCUCAGUACUUUUUCCUGUUCAACACUUUUGUACAAAAGAUUCGUCGAUGGAGUUCAGCACAAGCACGGGAAUUUGGGAAUCUUCACAAUACAGUGGCAUUGCUUGUUUUGCAUUCGGACGUCUCUUCCCAAAGGAAUGUUGCUCCUGGCCUAUAUAAGCAACGACCACCUAUCAGCAUUGCCCCCUCAAGCCCUCUGUUGCCCCUCCAUGAGGAAGUAGAAGCCUUGUUGUUCUUGUCUGAAGGAAAACCUUACCUGUUAGAGGUAAUGUUUGCUCUGCGGGAGCUGACAGGCUCACUCCUGGCGCUCAUUGAGAUGGUGGUGUACUGCUGCUUCUGUAAUGAGCAUUUUUCCUUCACGAUGCUGCAUUUCAUUAAGAACCAACUAGAAACGGCUCCACCCCAUGAGUUAAAGAAUACAUUUCAGCUACUUCAUGAGAUAUUGGUCAUUGAAGAUCCCAUACAAGUCGAGCGGGUCAAAUUUGUGUUUGAGACAGAAAAUGGAUUACUAGCUUUGAUGCACCACAGUAAUCAUGUAGAUAGCAGUCGCUGCUAUCAGUGUGUCAAAUUUCUUGUAACUCUUGCUCAAAAGUGCCCUGCUACUAAAGAGUACUUCAAGGAGAAUUCCCAUCACUGGAGCUGGGCUGUGCAGUGGCUGCAGAAGAAGAUGUCAGAACAUUACUGGACACCACAGAGUAACGUCUCUAAUGAAACGUCAACUGGAAAGACCUUUCAGCGGACCAUUUCCGCUCAGGACACAUUAGCAUAUGCCACAGCUUUGUUGAAUGAAAAGGAGCAAUCAGGAAGCAGCAAUGGAUCAGAGAGCAGUCCUGCGAAUGAGAAUGGAGAGAGGCAUUUGCAGCAGGGUUCAGAGUCUCCCAUGAUGAUUGGUGAGUUAAGAAGUGACCUUGACGAUGUCGAUCCUUAGAGGUGUGUACCCAGCCCCUGACAAGGAGUCAAGUCCCAGUACUGGAUGUCCAGCACCUUUGUGGAACCAGAAUCUCAUCCUUGGACCCUUUGGAAGAGCCUGGAGAUUGGACGAGAGAGCGGCUGUGACUCAGGUGGAUCGUGUGUUUCUCAAGGAAAGUGUCCUUUGGCCACUGGAAGGUCCGGGAGCUGGCUGGCAGUGGGAGGACCCCGGCAUGUGACCAGCUGUCCUGGGAGCACAGUCCACAUGUGGGUUCACACUGUUGUGGAGAUUUUAGGAAAUAAGGCCAGUGGCAGGCCGUCUUGUGACAUGAACAUGCAAGAGUGAGCAUAAAGCUGUUGCUUUCUCUGUGAUGCUACAAAAGAAAUUCCUUUGGUUCUUAUUUUUUAAGGAAAAAAAAGCAAGCUGCCUUUAGAUAUGUGGGGGCAAACUUUUAAUCUUGCAGUAACAUUGAAUAGGAAUAUCCAAUUUAAAAUGAUGUAAAGAUAUGUGAUAAAAUUCCUUUUCAUUGUAAAAUAGUAGCUAAAGAAUUCAGUUUAUACAGACCUUUGUAUUUAAUAUGUCUCCCUAUUUGUAUAGAAUUUCAGAUGGGUCUGGAUGAGAGCCCUGGGCAUAAGCUUGGAUCUUUAUGAAAGGUUACCAGGAACAACAAUUGGGAAAAUAUUAAGCUCAUUAAGGUAUUUUUCUGAUAUAUUUGAGCUUGAAAAGAGCAAUUUAUAAAAUGCAGUGUUCUCCAGAACUACAGGGUACAUUCUUUGACAUCAGUCACUAAAGAAGUUGUGAGCUGUUCCUCAGACAAAUUCUAAAAACAGCAAAAUAAAAGCACUUUAAGAUAUAAUUUUAUUGAGUUUGACUUCAUAAAAUUAUCUUUUUAAUGCUUGGAGACAUAUUGAAUAAACUGUAGUCUUAAAUCACGUGAUCUGCAAUCAUUUGCUUUUGCUUACAACAUAAUUACUGAAACCCUUGGUAUUGGUUGUAUAUGAAGUUAAAUAUUUGAGUUGGGAGACACAGGUUGUGAGUUUCAUAGUAAUUUUAAUGCAGAGAAGGAAUUGAGACUUUGUUUCUCCUUGCCAUGACUGAUUAACACUGAAAAGACAGGCAAGGCUUAAGAUUUAUUUUCCCAGAAAUAAUCAGAAAGCAAUUUACCAACCAUCCAUUUAGUUGUAUUUCCGAGGUAUGGUACCAUUUAUUCAUUUCAGGUUAGAUACCAGCUCCUUUGGGGUUGAAGGGGUUACACCAACAUAUUUCGUAUGUAUUUUGUAUUCUGAAUUGCUCACACAUUUCAGCCCUAUUUUGCCUUUGUUACAUGUUCUGCCUUAUUUUCAUCUCACCAUGCAUGGAACUAGAGAGCCUUAGAAAGUGCCAGGUUGCCACUGUCACACUUGCCAGGUCAGAGGCACAGCUGUGCCUGUCUGGCUGCUCUGGCAUUUUGCAUGGGCACGUGGCUGGGCAGAUGGCAUCUCGCCGCCGUGCUCUUCCAGUGGCUUGGUCAUCUCACUCUCUAGCAGUGGGAGUUUCUAUGCGGUCAGGCUUCAGUUUGUCAUCCUGUGACUUGCCAUAGGCUCGUGAUGGCUUUUGCCAGACACACUGAGAAGACGGGAGGGCCAGCCCUUGAGAGCAGAGCUGUACUCUUCAGAGAGAGUGGACAGAGGCGAUGGGCAGACUUCAGAUGGUUUUGAUGUUCGUGUGGCUUGGAAUGUUCUGACGUGAAUACUCCAUUUCCUACUGUCUCCCUGCCCCAGCCCCACCUUCUCUUCACCCCUGCCCUCACCAAGAGAUUGUGUGGGAUAUGACCUUGAAUGCUGGCGAUGCCCCCACGCUGGGAUGUCAUCGCUGGCAACUGCACUCUCAGGAGCCCAAAUUCAGGAGUGAAAUUGCCACUUCUAGUCCCCUUAUUUCCUAUGGAAACAACGCCUCCCGCACCCCAGCACCCGCUGUCCUCACUGUAAGCUGCAUCGAUUGCCAGUCACCAGUGUAUCUUAUACACUUUGCAUCAUUUCGCUUACGUUGUUGCAGCAAUGAGCAUCAUUUUCACUUCGCUGGUAACCACUUGAUUUCCGACAGCUGCGCUCAACAAACCUGCUGAUGACUUUUUUAAAAUGUAGUACAACAAAGUGACAAUUAUGACAGGCUUACUGUGGAAGAGUUGUCAUUUUUACUGCCAAUUUUUUGGAUGAAGAUGUUUUUAUAAAUCUUUCAAAAUGGGCUGCACAUCGAGCAGGAGUUGCACACUCAACCCAAUGCUGUGUGUUCUCAAGAAGCUCCCAUAGUGAAGGCUGAUCUUAGGAUGGCCGACGCUGCCUGCGAAAGGCAUCCCGGCGGCCGCCUUGCCAUGACUUCUGGAGUACUCACACGGCCACCGACAACUAGAGUCAGUCUUAGGACCUAGAACCGCCUCAUCAGACUCAUCCCAUCUUGACCCACCCUCCCCGCUAACAUCGCGGUGUGUGCAGUUACCUUUUGAGCUUGGAACAAGCAGACUGGAAUUUUCCUCUGCUACCUCUUAUGUAUAAAAUCUUGUUUAUAAAAUUUCAAAAAGAAGUAGAUGAACUAGGGAAGGAUCUUAAUUCCAAAUUUAGUUCAUGCGUGGCAAAGUUCUUAGCUUCUAAGAGUAUAAAAUAAAUUUUUCAAAAAUGUA